AUGAGGAUCACAAUUGACGGCAAGUUCACACACACAGACGACGACGAACAGCAGCAGCUGGUGGCUGCUGCUGCAGUAAAGGCAGUCGGCAGGGAAAGGUUCAGCAGCAGGUUCCUCCACCAGCUUGCCAAGAAAUGCCACGAUUCUCAACAGAAGGGGCUAAAAUUUGACUAUUACUGUUACAAGUUGCUCCACUACUCCAGCCGUCUCGGCAAAUUCACCGCGGACGUACAGUGGAAGAACUACAAGUCACUGCUACACCGCUUUUACCCGUACUACGCCAAACGCUACGCACAAGCGCCCCUGGAAGCCGGCUUCGUGGGUGUCAUUGGUUCUCACAUCACGGGCGACCACGGCAAGCUUCACGUUGUGUCACAAGUUCCCCAACUGGGUGCCGACGACGAGCCGCACACCAACAUGGUGGUCAUAACCGAGGACGGUCACCACCACGAACACUGGGAGGUGCCCACGUUCAGCAAGAUUCUCGAGCCGGGGCUCUUCAAGACGACUGGUUACGCGAACGCCGCGUGUUCUCAAGUUUCUACAGGCACACCUCGAAUGCAGGUACUGAGGGUGUUCAUCGACAAGACCAAGAUAGAUAUCAUGCCCUCGUACAAUGAACUCGGUCUGGUGGUGCGCGUAGCUCGCAACAAAAUAAACAUCACGUCCGAGCAUCCCUACAGCCACACCUAUCGCGACACCGAGCUCUUCAGGAUCAAGAAGGAGGACACCAAUUGGUACAGGCUGGACUCCGAGUCGAUCGGCAUCCACUUGGGAUUCGACGGGAACUUGCUCAUGGCCUAG